CUCUACGCCACCUGCAGCCCAUUUCGAUCGCCAAUUCAAACAUUUCUGAUUUCGUAAAAUAAAAUAUAAAAGUUUAAGCUUUCGAACAUUUAAGAACGAGAUCGUUAAGAUCAUUAUAUAGAGCAUUGGUGUUCCCCCCCCCCUCCCCGCAAUGUCCACAUAUGCUAGAUUUCUAUUAAAAAUUUCUCUUAAUUUAUAUGCCAUACACGUAUCACAUGAACUAGUUACGAAUCCAUUGACUUAAAUAUUUUGAAAUAUCUUAAAUGCUAAAACUAAUUAUCUAAAUAAUAAGUGUGGGGAGGGUAGCUAUCGACAAUGUCAACAUUCAUCUAUGAAAAGGUGCCCCAACAUAGAAUCCUGUUAGCGUGUCUUAUAUACUAGUGAAUUGGAAUUGUAUUUUUGUAGUGGUAGACACACUACAGUACUCCCCACUAUAAUUAUAUCUGUGGUAGAAUUCGAUGGACGGAAACCACUAGGUGAUUCUUUGCUGCUUUGUGAGAAACCGGGAGAACUGUAUUAAGAUCACCGUACUUCUUGCUGAUCAUAAGAAUUGUAUUAAGUUCUUGGUCGUGGUUGCUCCUGUGUUGCCAUUAGCAGACGAGUGUAUGCAGGCCAACGUUGUGUGUGAUCGAGACUGAGCAGCAACAGCGCGAGGAGGUGGGUAAUGUCACGGUCACAAGUAGCAAGUCAACAGUUCAAUCUGGAUCAUCCAUCGAAGUAGGCGUGUUUUAAUCGUAGUGGGCGUUUCCGCCAAGGUAGGUGUGUCCAUAUUGCGUCCGGGUCACCAAUGUGGGAGGGUAACUAUCGACAAUGUCAACAUUGAUCUAUGAAAAAGUGCUCCAACAUAGAAUCUAGUUAAUCUGCUUUAUAUACUAGUGAUUUGGGAUUGUAUUUUUGUAGUGAUAGACACACUGCACUAAAGUUAUACAAAAUCCUUGUUAUUAAAUGUAAUAUGAUAGAAAUUAUAAUGUGCAUUGUUUGAAUCUAAGAAUUUUCUUCUAGGAAGACGGCUCACGGAGUUAAGACACCGGAGGAUGUCAGAAAAGAAAGGGAGGAAAAUGAGAGGGCUGAGAGAAGGCGGCGGACCAUGGUGGAAUAUGCCAAGGAAGAAAUGCGCCGGGCUCACGAAUUUAGAAGGCAGAAGGAACAAGAAGACCGGCGAAAAAGGAACGAAGAUAGAAGCCGGAUUAUAGACCAGGCCAGCUGCCUUGCGACAGCCCUAGCAAAUGAACAGAUGGUCUUGCUGGCAACAAGAUUCAUUGAUAGGGUGUCGCAGGGCAUUUCGUUCCAAGAAGCCAGGAGCAGGCUCGAGGAUGACAUCGAGGAGAGCAGCUCAAGGCUUAGAACAUCCAUCCGAGAGUCUUUGAACAGCAGCUUCCCUGCCGAAGAAGUCCCUCCAGUGAGACCCUCCACUUCUGCGGCCUCAGAUCCAUCUCCCGUCCGCCAGGCAUCACCACCGCCACCCCCAUCAUCACCUGUUGUACCUCAAAGCCAAAGUAUUAGUCCAACGCCUGCUUCACCUCCGGUGUCGGUGGUAAGUCCACCACCACCACUACCAUCCUCACCCGUGCAAGUACAACCGGCUCAAGUCCAACAACCGGCUCAAGUCCAACAACCGGUGCAAGCGCCUCCACCGGUUCCUCAGCGGCGAAAAAGAGGAAACCCUGGUAAACGCAGUACAAGAUUGGAAAUUUUAUUAGAAGCAAGCAAAGGAUUUUUAAAAAUGGACCCGCCUUUCACUCUAGCCAAAAGACAGCGAUUUUCGCAAAAAUAUCCUGUUUAAAUUUGACUUAGUCCACCACCAUCUGCCAGAUAUAUUGAUAUUAAAUUUAGAAAAAACAUUUUCUUUCAAUGUUUAAAAAUCUGUGUCAUUGGUAAAUGAUUGGGACUAUUGUUUCAAGGUACUAAAAAUGACUUGUUUAUAAUGUAUAGAUUAAAUCUUUAAAAACAAAUAUGGAUUAUUUUGAGAGGAAAACGUCAUGUUCUGCAUAGUUCUAAGAAUUCUGCACUGAUGAUUCAAGGGGAUUACUAUCUAGUAUCAACAAUUGAUUUCACUGCUCAAAGGCUGGGAGAGACCACCAUCCCUUCAGUGAAUAAUUCAGAAUGAUAAUAAAUAGUUAAGUGGGAUGUUCUCUUCUCUUUGGAGAUAAGUCCUGGAAAAGAGUCAUCUCAAAGAAUUACUGAGAAGUGCUGUCACCAAUUAUUCAUCAAAUUUUAAAGAAUUAUCAACAGAAGUAAACUAAACGUGUUUAAUUUUUAGUAUUAAAAUUCAAUACACAUAUUUUGUACUUAUA